GUUGAGAAAAGGAAUUUCUUCAGCGAGCGAGGUAACGCCUUGCAUUCAAUCAACUCUGAUGAAGAAGAGGAUGGCUACGACUCUCCUCAUGCAAGAAGAAGAGGGGCCUCAGUGGAUGAGUUCCUCCGAGGCUCAGAGCUGGGCAGACAGCACUAUCAUCACCACUACAGCCACAGUGAGGAUUACCACACAGAAAGUAGCCGUGGCUCCGAUCUGUCUGACAUAAUGGAGGAGGAUGAGGAAGAUCUUUACUCUGAGAUGCAGCUGGAGGAGGGCCGCAGACGCAGCAUUAACUCUCACAGCACCCUAAAGGCUUAUUAUAAGCGUCAGGAUUUAGCUGAAGAGAGAGACUGUUGGGAUCUCCAGAGGGAGGUGGUGAAGCAGAGGUCGCUGCGCAGCAAGCGUCUCCACAGCAUCCCAGAGGUGGCUGAGGAGGAGUCGGACAGUCUGGACAGCAUGGGCCAGCACCUGAGCUUUGACGAAGGCAGGCGGACAGGAACACCACAGUCUCAGCAGAGGAUGUACCCCCCAGAGUCUCACAGCCACCACACCUCCCGUAAAAACUCACGCCUGCAGCGCCAACGCUCCUCCCCUCGCUUCACCGACAGCCACUUCGGCUACAGCGUGGACGACCGCAACUUUGGACGGCCCAAUCGACAGAACACCAAAAGUCCCGACAGUGGUUUAGACUGCGGCAGCGAGGAAGAAGGCUCACUAGGACGGGGUCGUCGAGGGUAUUAUGCCCAUGGGAGUCCCACCCGGGGGCCUGUACGCAUCAUUCACUGCGAGGGCCCGGUAGAAAGGCGGGCGCUGGCAAUGGGCCGUAAAAAAACUCUGACCCGUCAGUGCAGCAUGGAGGAGGAGUUCUCUGACAUCCCAAUGACUGCAGCCAAGUCGGUGCACACGGGUGACUUUAGAAACAGGGAGCACUUUGGGCCUGGUCGAGAGGUCGGGCCCAGAAACUACUCCAGGGAAGGAGCACUGAGCGAGGGCAGGCUGAACGAGCUGGACAGGGUCUAUUAUAGCCCCCACAGGGAGGCUAGAGCCCAGUCUUUGUCCAGACUCAACCAGGACCAGCCGCUGAUCAUUGGAAACUCACCGUCACAUGGGAGCCACGAUCAUCUGGACCAUUCAGGGAGGAGGCUGGUUCACAUUGGAACCCCUCCUCAACGACGGCCCAUCCCAUCCAUUGAGAUCACCAUGGACAGUAACAGUGAGGGGAGUGAGGGGAACCUCUCACCUGUCAAGGAGGAUGUUUACUAUGGCAGUGUAGCUGGACGCAGGAUAUGGCGCUCUUUGUCCUCAGAAGAUCAAUAUGAUGGCUACGGCGGGCACAGACACAGGCGGGGACGGCGAUCCCCAGAUUAUUUUGAGGAAUCGGAGCCAGAGGACCUGACCCGAGUGUUUGUGGCUCUGUUCGACUACGACCCUCUCUCCAUGUCUCCCAACCCGGAUGCUGCCGAUGAGGAGCUGCCUUUCAAGGAGGGCCAGAUCAUUAAGGUGUUUGGAAAUAAAGACACGGAUGGCUUCUACAGGGCAGAGAUCCGAGGCCGAGUGGGUCUCAUUCCCUGUAACAUGGUAUCUGAGAUCCAAACAGAGGAUGAUGAAAUGAUGGGCCAGCUUCUCAAGCAGGGCUUCCUCCCACUAAACACUCCUGUGGAGAAGUUAGUGAACUGUGAUCGUUUUAAAGAUGGCCGUUCAAUAAAUCGCAGGUCCAGAAAAUCCAAGAGAGAAAGAAACAGGCGGAGCGGGCGUCAGUAUCCGAUGUCAACACGGAGAAUGGUGGCCCUGUACGACUACGACCCCCGGGAGAGCUCCCCAAAUGUUGAUGUUGAGUAUGAAGGCAACAGACUGAAUGAGGAGACUGAACUGACAUUCUGUGCUGGUGAUGUCAUCAUGGUGUUUGGUGAAAUAGAUGAAGAUGGAUUUUAUUAUGGCGAGCUCAACGGACACAAGGGGCUCGUUCCUUCCAACUUUCUCGAAGAAGUGCCUGAUGACGUUGAGGUUUUUCUCACUGAUUCACCAUCUCGCUACCCCCAGGACACUCCAGCACGGAUAAAGACCAAAAGGGUUCCACUGGAAAAAUCGUCUCUGCACAGAAGAGCACCCUCUCCCACAGUGCGUCCACACAUCCCUGGCUCCGGCCCUGCCACCACUGGGCCCGGCAGUCCCUUCAGGGCCCCAAUGGAAAUGUACUCCUCCCAAAAGAAAAAGGGACUGCUCUCCAAAGGGAAGAAACUAUUUCAACGACUUGGCGCUGUAAAUUAAGGUUUUUCCACAUCGCUUGGAAAGUGGCAUCCGCUUCCCUGGGAAAAGAAUUCAUACACAUAUACAUAUAUAUAAAUAUAAUAUAAAAAAUUAUGCAGUUGGCAUUUGUGAGCUUGGCAACUGCUUUUAUUUUUUAAACAUAUGUUGUAUAUCAGAAUAUUUGUAUUUUGUUAUCAGUAUAAACAUAUUUUCAAUAAUUUCCUAUUCUGGUCCCACAGCCUUGUGAAGGGCAAUGUAAAGAUGUGCCACUUACCUCCAAGUCUCUGGCUGACGAGUUUGCAGAAAACUGAGCAUUUUGCACACAAUUACGCCUUGCAUUAAAAAAAGUACUAAAGGUCUGGCUAGUGUGUUUGUCUACAGAAAUCAGAAUGUCACUCAAAAAUACACACGACUCAGCAUCCAUAACAAAUUUAAUGCAAGACUUGAACUGUGGUAACUUGUUCAGAGCAGUCGGUCACAUUAUGAGUUGGGCGUGCUUUACUUCAGCAUUCCCUUCUGACCUCCAGAGUGAAAAUGUGUCUGGCUUACUGUUGAACUUGGGAGGAUGCAGUAUAAUAAUCAGAAAUAACUUCUCUCCAGCCCCGCCCCACCCUACGCUUGUUGAGCACUUACUAAAAACAAGCACAUUGUUCAUCUACAAAAAUGUCUCUGCUGUAAAAGCCUGGUAGAUCAAACUUCCUUGUGUUUGCCUUAUAAUUGCACAACGGUUCAUAUUUUGUCCAGUUUUGUUAACGUUAGUUGAUAAACUAGAUGUUUGCAGAUGUUUCAUCAGGAUUGUCCAUUUAGGGUGACUCUAGAGCCAGCAUUAACAUACCUGCUGCCAAUCGUUUAAGGGAAAUAUUUCACUUUGAAAGUCAAAACCUCUUACAAAAUUUGAAACCGACUAUAGGGCUCAAGUUUUGACUAUUACUAUACCAAUUUCAAACUAUUAAAUAAAUCUAUGUAAUAUUGAUAGUUAUUGAUAACUUGGGCUGCAUUUGAUUCCUUGCAUGCAACCAUUGACAACUUCAUAGCAGUAAAGGUGAAACAAUGCUACCUCUACUGGCCCUUAUAGAUAAAUAUUUUUUAUUCAAUUUGUCAUCAAUGCCUGUUUAGUGUCCCAAAUUGUUGGUGCAGAAUUCAAGUACUGUAUGUGAAUAUGAUAUCUACACCUUAAUGUAGAGUAGUGAAUGUAAAACGAAUUGAAAGCCAAUGUAUCUUUUAAAAGCUUCCCCAAAGGAUUGUGAAGACGUCCAACUUUGUGCAUGAAAGUCCACCACGUUCCACACCGUUUCUCAUUUAAGUCCAUCUUAAAACUGAGUGUUUUUCUAGUCAGAGGUGAAGUGAAACUGCCAAAAAAAGGUAUGCAACACAUUUAAAUACUUUUACAAUUUUUGGCUGAGCAGCCGUAGUAAUCUACACUAACCUACCGUCUUCUGUUUCAGGACCAGGUCCGCUGACAUUACUUUUGUUUUAUGUGACAGGAGCUCUUUUUGUACUUUGUCCAUUUGUAAAAUUGUUUUUAAAUGUUUAUACUUGAUUUUCAGACUGCCUUUUUUGUACAUUUAACUUUAUAAUCCAACAGUGCAAGCUUUCUCCAUGGCAUCUUUAAGACCAUAUUGUUAAGUCUGCAGCUGUGUGCUAGCUUUGACAAGAAUUAUCAGCCUAUACGGAUGGUUACAAGUUAUUGUGUGGGUGUGCAUGUGCAAUCUUUUUUAAAAAGAAAAAAAAAAACCUAAAUAAAUUUAUUAUUUUGUAA